GGAGAAGAUCGUUGGAAUUCCAAGCCGCCGCCAGCGGUUAGCGCUUACCGAAUGGAUUGACCAUGAUUUGCGCUUACAUAAAGGAGCUUCGCCGCUGGAUGGGCAACCAUUCGCUACCACUGAGCCAUGGCUAUUCCGGAGGUCGUCCUGAGCUCCACCUCUCCCGCCACAGGCGCCCGGGCGAUCCCCGUGCUAGGCAUGGGCACCGGGUUGGACCGCUUCGCCCUCGAGCAGCGCCCCGCCACCAAGCACGCCAUCCUCCGCGCCAUCGAGCUCGGGUACCGCCACUUUGACACCGCCGCCAUCUACCAGUCCGAGGACGUUCUCGGCGAGGCCAUCGCCGAGGCCUUGCAGGCCGGCCUCAUCCACUCCCGUUCCGAGCUCUUCAUCACCUCCAAGAUCUGGUGCGCCGACGCUCACCGUGACCUGGUCGUCCCCGCCAUCCGCGAGUCUCUCAGGAAUCUCAAAUUGGAUUACCUUGAUCUCUACCUCAUACAUUGGCCCAUGAGAUUGAAGGCUGGAGAAUCCUAUCCUCCUAUAGAGAGCCACCACAUUCUCCCCUUCGACUUGAAGUCUGUUUGGGAAGGCAUGGAGGAAUGCCACAGGUUGGGGUUGGCUAAGCACAUUGGUGUUAGCAACUUCACCACAUGGAAGCUUGCAGAGCUGCUCCGAUAUGCUAAAGUACCUCCUGCUGCUGUCCAGGUGGAGAUGAAUCCAACCUGGCAGCAGAAGAAGCUGAGGGAGUUCUGCAAGGAAAAGGGUGUUCAUGUCAUUGCCUAUUCUCCUUUAGGAGGCCAAGAUAUGUUCAUGGGCAAGAACUUAGUGAUGGAGUCCCAAGUGCUUAAAGAUAUAGCCGAGGCUAAAGGAAAGACUGUGGCUCAGGUAUCCUUGAGAUGGGUUUAUGAGCAAGGAGCGAGUAUGAUCGUAAAGACCUUGAACAAGGAGAGAAUCGAGGAGAACAUGAAAAUUUUUGAUUGGGAGUUGAGCGAUGAAGACAAACACAAAAUCAGCCAACUCCCACAAUUCAAGAGAAACACCGUGCGUUCAAUGCUCUCACCGGAAGCGGCUUCUAAGCUACCUGAUGAAGAUGAGGUCGUUGAAGAAUAAUGGAAUUGGUGCUGUUAGAUCUUUAAAAACUACUACAGUACUUAUCUACUAUAAAUUAAUAGUUACUACAUCUUAAGAUGAAUAAAGAUCUGGUGCAGGGAUUUGCAUUUGUUAUCUCUCCCUGUUUGUGUUUGGGCUGUAUGCAGUUAGUUGAUCUUUUGGAUUUAGUGACAAUCCAAUGCUUAUGUUUUCCCUUUUCUGUUUCUUGUUUUUGGGAUGCUUGUGUUAUGUUGUGUUGGAUAAAGGAAUCAUAUGAACAAGUAUUUUUACUAAUAAAAGUAGUGAUAGAUUGAGAUACGGAAUA